AUGGCGGCCCACCCAUCCACUUCAGGGAAAUCUAAGAGGGUCAUUAGGGGCGCUUCACAGAAGCUGCGUUCGCCAUCCUCGCAUGCUGCAGGUCGUGUGGAAGCUUUCAUUGCUAGCAUUGCUGGUGACCCUCAGGCCCUGGCCCAGCUCGGAUCUGGGUGUAUCAAGCUACGGUGGCGGCGUCGCAGCCUCUGUCCACCAUGGCAACCAUUCUGGAACAUUCUGGAACUGCCUGAGACCACCACGUCUGGGCCAGCUGACACGUCGGGUGACGACUUCGUGGGGCCUUCUGGCGUUCUGAUGCCGAAUGCCUCUUCCACUCCUAUGGUGGUGCCGGCGCCCCCUCCCGUCAAACGACGAAGUGAGGGGAAGCAGCCUCGGCGCACCAGGAGGACGAGGCAGGCCAAGGGCAGAGUAAGUGGGCAAGGGCAGGGGGGGCAGACGGGGGCCUCCUCUAAUGUUGUUGUUUCGCCCGUUGCUCCAUCCCAGACUCUGGCCGUCGCCUCGCGGCGCGAGGUGCUUUCGUCAGCAUCCGGCGAGGAAGCCCUCCCAGUGCCGGCUAGAGUGUCGAGUGGCGGAAAACGUCGUCACAAAAGUCGUUCCAGGAGGCGGGCAAAGAGGCGCAAGGAUGAUACCUCGGCUUCAACCACUUCAGGGCUCGCGGACGUGCACAUAUGGAUGGUGGGACAUUCCAUAGUCCAUUGGGCAGGCCUUCGCGCUGGCCAAACGCCAUUGGGUCCUCGACUUGGCCUUCCAUCCAACAUCCAAGUGACCUGGAUGGGCAAGAGGGGCAUGCGCUGGGGGGAGCUUCUCCCUUUGCUACGGCGCAAAGCCCUCUUGCUCGGGUGCCCGUCCGCCCUGGUGAUCCAGCUGGGAGAAAAUGACAUCCUCGCUGUGGACCCGUUAUCUCUUCGCCUGGCUAUCCUACGAGAUUUGUUGGAGAUAAGGACUUGGUUCCCUGAUACCGUCGUUUUUUGGUCCCAAAUGUUGCAGAGGAUGCAAUGGCGGGGUGAUAUUCCUCCUCUGGCUGGGGAAAGAGCUAGGAAGAGGGUUAACAGCGCAGCAUCCAAACGGGUGUACGAAAUCGGGGGGAGUUUGAUUCGUCAUCCCGAAAUUAAUGUUAGAGCCCCGCUUUUAUAUCGGGAUGAUGGGGUUCACUUAUCCCCUGAUGGGUAUGACAUUUGGCUGUGUGAUGUGUCUGAGGGUUUAAAAAGUUGGUUAGGUCUCUGAGUGUUGGCGGCAAGCCAGGGCUGGCUUGAUUGGCGGUUAGGCUUUUGGUUGGUUAAUCGGUUGGUAGAGGGGGUGGCACACGGAUGCCUACCCUCACCUCCGUUUGCUCCAUAUAGAAGUAUUCCGUUAAAGGAAUCUCGGGGCUUACACUCUUGUCCUUACCAUCCCGCCAUUGGCGGGAAUGGUGGGCCCAAUUUUAAGAGCAAGAGCCUUGAGGAACAUUCUUGGUGAAGGUGAGGAGGGAAUGACUGGGCGCAGCCACCUCCUCACUCCCAGGUAUGUUUACUUGACUUCCAUGCGGAAGUCGGAGCAGGAACUGUCCAAGCGGACAGUGGUGAGUCCUGUCCUAUGGUGACAGCUGAUGUGAGUCCUGCCACGUGGGCAGAUGAGGUGAGUCCUGUCCAAUGGUGACAGCUGAUGUGAGUCCUGCCACGUGGGGCAGAUGAGGUGAGUCCUGUCCUAAGGGGACAGCUGAUUGAGUCCUGUCCUGGAUGGACAGAUGGGGAUAGUCCUUCUUUAGGAAGGACGAGUGAAUAACCAAAAGCCUAAGCCAACACUCGGAUUAAAAUUGUGUAUUUAAUAAAGUUGUGGCCCGAAAUUAUUUGCCAAAAAC